AGCUAUACAACUACUACACUGACAAAGGAAGAAGACGAUUAGAUUCGUAAAUCGAGCGAAAGCCGAUGGAAGACGACCCUUUCCUCCGGAAGUUCCAGCCAUCGGAACUCAAGAUCGCGUCGGAGUUCUUGACGAAUUGCCUUCCUUUCUUGUCUAGAGAUCUCUGCAAAGACUGCGUCAACGUUCUCUCCGAUCGAAUCCGCUCUCUUGACCCAGAACAUUGUAGUAAAGUUGGUGGAGAAGGUAAUAGCAAAGCUGGUUUGGAAUCAGAAGGAACUAGUAACAUAGAGACUGAAAUUUCAUUUGGAACCUUGUCUGAAGUUCUUGGUAGUGUACUGCCAUCUCGACAAGCUGCUGAAACAGCAAGCCCUAGAAUGUCUUGGGCUGAUAUGAGUCAAGAUGAUGAGUUUGAGGAGGAGGACGAAGAGGAGGAGAGUAGGAAAGCUAUUGAUGCGAGUCCGAUGAAGACUCCCGAGAAGCCUAAGUUAUCAAGAGAGCAAAGAGAGGAUCUCAGGCUGAAGAACGUGAAGAGAAAGAAAGAUUUCAUUUGCUUGGAGAGAUUUAAGGGAAAGCUCGUUAACGUAGUUGAUGGGCUUGAGUUGCACACUGGUGUUUUCAGCGCAGUGGAGCAGAAAAGGAUUGUUGAUAAAGUGUAUGAACUUGAAGAGAGAGGACGCAAAGGAGAACUUAGAGAGCGUACGUUUACUGCUCCACAGAAGUGGAUGAGAGGCAAAGGACGUGUGACUAUUCAAUUCGGCUGUUGUUACAACUACGCUACAGAUAGAGCUGGAAACCCACCGGGUAUCCUUCAACGGGAAGAAGUGGAUCCAUUACCUUCUCUUUUCAAAGUGAUCAUCAGAAGGUUGAUUAGAUGGCAUGUCCUGCCACCAACUUGUGUGCCCGAUAGCUGCAUUGUCAACAUCUACGAUGAAGGUGACUGUAUACCUCCUCACAUAGACAACCACGACUUUCUCCGUCCCUUCUGCACCAUCUCGUUCCUCAGUGAAUGCAACAUCCUCUUUGGCUCAAACCUUAAAAUAGAAGGUCCUGGUGAAUUCUCCGGUUCAUUCUCAGUACCGCUUCCUGUAGGAUCGGUUCUGGUGUUAAAUGGAAAUGGAGCAGAUGUAGCUAAACACUGUGUACCUGCAGUUCCCACAAAAAGGAUAUCAAUCACGUUUAGGAAAAUGGAUGAGUCUAAACGCCCGGUUUGGUUCACUCCAGAACCUGAUUUGCAAAGAAUCGAGCCACUGCCGUUGGACCUGAACCGGUCUGAUUCUGCUGCAAGGUCCUCAGGAUCAAGCAACAACCACAACGGUAGUAACAGAAGAGGAGGAGGAUAUGGACGUAGAGGAGGAAACAAUUACGAGACGAGAGGUUACUAUAAUCCCGAGAGAAGCAGUGAACAGUAUGAGUCUAGAGAAUGGUCAUCAAGCCAGAGAAGAGGAAGGCCACGUCCGGGUAGAACCUCCUAAGGUUUAUUAUUAUAUACUUCCAUUUCCGAAACAUCAUCGACAAAUGAAUAUGUACAACAUAACGUCCUAUUUUCUUUUAAAGUCCAUUCAAACAUUUUUCCUCAUUUAAAAUUGUUUUUUUUUUUUCUCAAUAUUUUUGAUCGUAUUUAGUUUCUGAAACUGUGUAAUAUAUUUUACAGUUUAUAAAUUACAAUUUUAUU